AUGUUUAGACGAGAUCUUUGCCACAUUUGGAUUUGGAUCUCGGACAAUGGUCCACCGUUUCAGAGCAAAGAAAUAAAGAAAUUCAUGGAUGACAAUGGCAUUCAACACAAAACAAUCACUCCAUUAUGGCCACAAGCAAAUGAAAGCGAAACUUUCAUGAAACCACUGAUGAAAGCCAUUCGUACUGCUCAUCUGCAAAAGCAAAACUGGCGCCGCACCAUGCAGGAAUUCUUAUUAAAUUACAGAGCUACUCCCCAUACGACAACUCAAGUUGCACCGGCCACACUCAUGUUUGGUAGGAACACCCGCACAAGAUUACCUCAGACUGAUACUAAAACCGACAAGAAUACCCUUGAUCAUUCCGUCGAACAACGCGAUAAAGAACAACGACAACGCAUGAAAGAAUACGCAGAUCGAUGGAGACAAAGUAAGACGACAACCAUGAAUAUUGGUUAUUAUGUACUCGUAAGACAACAAACGCACAACAAAUUUACCCCGAAUUUUGAUCCCAAACCGCUACGAAUAAUCACAGUAAAAGGAACGAUGAUUACUGCAGAAAGACCAGGAUUCGCUAUUACUAGAAACCAAUCGUUUUUCAAACCUAUUAAAACAACUGGGCUGUCUUCUGAAGAUGAGGAGGAAAUGGAAGAUAGUGAUGAACAUGAAGAACAAC